CUAACGUCUGCUCCUCCUGCUCCCCUCCAGGUGGGUUCUCUAUGAGAAGCCCAACUUUAAGGGGGAGAAGAUCGCCCUGGAUGAGGGAGACACGGAGCUCACCUGCCCCUUCGGCUCAGCUGAGGAGAACGGAGGAACCACAGAGGAGCAGACGGAGAAGGAGCCGACCCGGAAGUUCCUCAUCGGAUCCGUUCGCAGAGCCGUCAGGGACUACAGCGUUCCAGAGAUCAGUCUGUUCCCGGAGGAGAACGCCGAGGGAAAGAAGGUGGUGUUCCGGGACACGUCUGAGGACGCGCGGAUCUUCGGGUUCCCCGUCAAAGCCAACUCCAUCAUCGUGAACUCUGGGCUCUGGCUGGUCUUCAUGCAGCCCUUCUUCCAGGGCGCCCCUCGGAUCCUGGAGGUGGGGGGGUACUCCACCCCUGCAGCCUGGGGGGGGGAGCCUCCCUACGUGGCGUCGCUGCAUCCUCUCAAAGUGGGAGAACCUCGGGUGGAGAACAUGAGGGAGCCCAAGAUGGUGAUCUACGAGAAGCCGUACUUCACUGGGAAAUCCAGGACCAUCAGCUCCAACAUGAGGGACUUCAUGAGCCGGACGGACCACCAGCAGAGCGUCUUCAUGGGCAGUCUGGGCUCCCUGAAGGUCCUGGGGGGGAUCUGGGUGGGCUACGAGAAGGAGGGCUUCCGGGGACACCAGUACCUGCUGGAGGAGGGGGACUAUCACGACUGGAGAGUGUGGGGGGGCUGCGAUUCGGAGCUGCGCUCCGUCAGGAUCAUCCAGGCGGACCUGACGGAUCCAGUGAUGGUGAUGAUUGAGCACUCUGAGGAAGAGGGGGGCGGGAUGGAGGAGGAGAAGGCCUUUGAGGUAACGGAGGCCAUCCCUGACGUGGAGCUGUUCGACUAUAAGACCUCCACCCGCUCCAUCCACGUCCUCAGCGGAGCGUGGAUCGCCUACUCCCACGUGGACUUCUCAGGGAACCAGUACAUCCUGGAGAAAGGAGUCUACAAUAACUGUGCUGAUUGGGGCUCCCAGGACAGCCGGGUCUGCUCGGUCCAGCCCAUCCUUCCGGCUCCAGCAGAUGCUUCCUCCCCCAAAGAUGAGAUCAUCCUCUUCUCUGAAGCAGACUUCCAGGGAGAGCGUCUGGUGGUCCAUCACAGCCAGGGGGCGCUGGCAGAGAGGUUUCUCACCAAGUCGUGUCGGGUGGUGAGAGGAAGCUGGGUCCUCUGUGAGAACAAGCAGUUCUCUGGGAAUAUGUUCGUUCUAUCGGAGGAAGACUACCCCAGUCCGGCCAGCAUGGGCUGCUCCUCCAGCUGCUCCGUCUUCUCCAUCAAACUGGUUCCGAUGACGCUGUCGGUUCCGUCCAUCUCUCUGUUUGGACUUGAGGGGCUGGAGGGCAGGGAGAUCACCGCCGAGUCCGAGAUCGUCAGUCUGGUCCAGGAAGGCUACAGCAACCACAUCCUAUCUGUCCGAGUCAAAAGCGGCUGUUGGGUGUUAUGUGAACAUACCAACUACAGGGGGCGCCAGUUCCUCCUGGAACCAAUAGAAAUCCCAAACUGGCCCAAGUUCAGCUCGCUGCACUCGAUUGGCUCCCUGUACCCCGUCAGACAGAAGCAGCACCUUUUCCGGGUGAAGAACCAGGAGAGCGGUCACUUCCUGUCGGUGCAGGGAGGAGUGGAGGAAAUGAAGUCUGGUCGGGUGGUGGCGACGGCGGAGGUGGAGCCUCCCAGCGACAUCUGGUUCUACCAAGAUGGACUGAUUAAAAACAAGCUGUGCCCCACCAUGUGUCUGCAAGUCAUGGGUAGCGUGGAACCUGCAGCCAAGGUGGUUCUUUGGAACGAGACUCGCCAGCCGAUCCAGACCUGGUCGGCCAAGAUGGACGGCCUGAUCAGCAGCCUGACCUUCCCUGGAAUGGUUCUAGAUGUUAAAGGAGGCAAAACCUACGAUAAGGAACAUGUGGUGGUGAUGCCGGAGAACGACGAGAGGGCGAGUCAGCGGUGGGAGAUCCAGCUGCUGUAGCCGUCAGCUGAGACAUGAACCUCCUGACUCUGGAGCUGCACGUUCUCCUGAACUCUGAGACCUUUACCAUGGAGACGGGGGGGGGAGGGGCUGCGAAGGUGCAGCAGAAGGACGUUCCGACCGCCGUCAGACCGGAUCUCCACCGAUCACAUGGUUCUGCUGCAGCAGGCAGCAGGACAUCUCAGGAUGUUCAUGUGUAAAUGUGUGUUUGUCCCGCGGAGCUUCGCUGCAGCCAUGAUGUUCCUGAUGGAACAAUUUUAAAAUCUCAUUAUUGCUUCGUGAACAUGCUUCUCCUUAAUAUUUGAUAUAAACUCCACGAUGAUGAUGAUGAUGAUGAUGUGUGUGAGGGAAGGGUUUCAAUUGUUUAAU